GUUAGUACGACUCGUGACGUCGCGGAAGUUGGUUGUUUGUUUUGUGGUGUUCGUUGUACCGUUUCGUCGGCGAUGUGAUCGGUUUUAAAAGUGACGUGCGUUUUUUCGUACACAUUAUUUCGCGUUUUAUAACGGUUUGUCGGUUUAUCAGUAUAUCGAUAAUCUAUUAAAUGUAAACGCGGGGAACGCGGAAUACGUCUAUUUCCAAAUUUUGGCGUUAGUCGGUGUCCAUCACGUUCUCUCGUUACAAUUCGAUCAUUUAUCUAGUUGAUCGGCUAAAUUUUUGGAAAAGAAUCGUCCAAAAUACAUCGAAAUUCGUCUAUAGCGUCUAAUCGAAGUUCGAUAUCUAUCGAUGUCGUUACAAGGUCUUAAGUCGAAUUGCAAUAGUAACGUUCCUCGAUUCUUACUUCCGCGUUCAGAGUGUGGGAACAGUAUAAUAAAACGACACUUGAACACGUUUGGUCAUCUCAAUUAUUCGUGCUUCUAGUCGGAUGGUCAGUGUUUAACGGCGUGUCAAGCGGCUGGCUAAUUAAUUGCGUGUUGUACGAUCGGAACGACUAACAUUCGUCCCGAAUAUUUAGACAGGAGGCGUUACUAUUACUUAGGCUUCGAAAAACGGUAUUACGAUCUGAAAUUGACGCAUUUGCAAUCGUGCGCGCGCGCGUGAUCAGUUAUUCGAGUGUAAAAGAAUUUACGUCGUUACAAACGCGAUUCCUACGGCGAAAGUGAGCGACGGUAGUGUAGUAAGAGAGGAGAGUGGAUCGCAAAUAGAGAACAAAAACACGGAGGCGAGUUUUUUCACGAGAGUCUUGGAAUCGGAGUGUUUCCAAUCGAGGACGAAAGAAAGAAGGCCGGUAAAACAUGUCGAGGCUGUUGAAAGGCGAACCGACGGGCGGUUAUAUCAUUGACUCUAUCGCAGAUCAUCGAAUGUAUUAACCCGGCCGCAAAUGACGCGUAUCGUGGCGUAAGCGAAGAAAAAAACGGUGGCGGAGGACGAGCACUGGACACACAUUGGGAGAACAGUUUUUUGAUCUAACCAAAGAAAGAAAAGCAGGCCAGGCAUCGUGCCUCCCACUGCCUACCGGAAGUCAUAUGCCCAUACACGCGCGGAAAACGCGCGCAGUGUUGGAGGAAAUCGAAAUGGUCGAGCUGUGCGGAAGCGGGCAACCGACUUCAGCGAUGGGAGUGAUGGGGAUCGGUUCGGUUGUGUCCGCGGCUACGUCGUCCUCGUCCUCGUCUACGACCACCACGGCAGCCUCGUCCUCGGCGUCUGGACGCGCCGGGGUCUUAGAGACGCAAGUUCGCGGCCAGUGGUAUCGCGUGUUCGUCUCGUUGGAGGACGAUUAUCUGAGCAUCUCGUUGGACGAGAGCUGCGAGACGGGCAACAACGCCUUGAACAACGGUAACAUAAAUAACAACAACGUGGAUAGCCUGAACGAUCCGGACGUGCCGGACUCGGUUGCCAAUCAGAAACGUAUCGUGCGCGUGGUGAAAAGCGACAACAACGGUCUCGGGAUCUCGAUCAAGGGUGGAAAAGAGAACAAAAUGCCGAUCUUGAUCUCGAAGAUUUUCAAGGGGAUGGCGGCGGACGCGACCGAGCAGCUGUACGUGGGCGACGCUAUAUUGGCAGUAAACGGGGAGGAUCUACGCGAGGCGACCCACGACGAGGCGGUGAAGGCGCUCAAGAGGGCCGGCAAGGUCGUCGAGCUUGAAGUGAAGUAUCUGAGGGAGGUGACACCGUAUUUCAGGAAGGCGUCGAUCAUCCAGGAGGUGGGAUGGGAGUUGCAGCGCGGCUUUCUCAGCGCGACACCACCGCCCCCGAAAUCACCACCGCGAGCGGAUACGCGUUAUCUGCCGCUCCAACUCUGCAGACUAACCAGGGCUCAUCCUUCCUCGGAUCCCGAGGGUCGAAUCCUGGAACUUCAUUCCCCGGAUGGAGUGCACGAGUGCUGGUUGAGAGCCGCGGAUAACGCCGAGGCGAACGUGUGGUUCAACGCUCUGCACUCGGCUCUAGCAGCUCUCACGCUCAAGGCGCUGCGACUGGCGUCCGCGCUUCCGGAUCCGCCGCAGCUUCAGCACAUUGGCUGGCUCGCGAGGAGACACUGUCUUCAGAACGGACGUGCCAGCAGCGAGAGCAGCGAGGACGGAGCCGGGAGCAGCGCGAGCACCUCGCGAGGAGCGGGCGGCAGCGGGUUCGGCCUCGGGGGUGGAUGCACCGGGGGAUGGCGCAGCGUGUUCGGGGCCGUCUCGAGCAGGGAGCUCAGGCUGUACGAGUGCGCCCCUUGGAGCCCGGAAGCUUGGGCCUCGCCGAGUAUAACCUGUCAAUUGAUCGCCACCAGAUUGGUGUCGUCCCCGGCGAGGCAGAACGAAGCAGGUGGUAGCAGCGGCGGAGCGACGCAACACGCGGCGACUUUCGCGGUGCGGGUGGGCACGAUGGACGGCGUGGUGACGCAUCAUCUACGCGCCGAGACGAGGAGAGACCUGGCCGCCUGGGCCAGGGCGAUCGUUCAAGGCUGCCACGCGGCCGCUCAUUCGUUACGCGAGUACACCGUUCGGUGCACGUGGCAAGGGAAGGCCUGCCAGCUGGUUGUAAACCACGAAGAUGGUUUCGCGUUGUACGCGGCCGGGGCUAGAGGCGGUGGCAACGGGAUGAGUCCAAGCUCUUCCCCGACCCCUCUUUGGAGAAGAUCCUUCGAUAAACUGAAAAUGUCCGCUGAUGAUGGGGCGCGUCUACUGUGGCUCGACUUUGGCGGCGAGGAUGGCGAGAUUGAGCUGGACCUCGAGAGCUGUCCCAAACCGAUCGUGUUCGUCCUCCACAACUUCCUCUCGGCCAAGAUCCACCGGCUCGGGCUGAGCGCAUAGGGGUACGAGGGGGCCCCCACGGAGGCCCCCGACCUGCCGCCCCACACCACCAGGUCCGUCACCAGCGUCUUCCUUCACUGAGGCUCUGCGCGCCAGACUCAACGAGGAGGAAGAGAGAAGGGUGGCAGGCAGGAUACGAGAGAAGAACGAGAGACCCACGCAUCGCUCGACGACGGACCACAACAAGAGAGACACGUUGGCCAGCUUCCACCUUUUUAUUUCCAUCCGGAGAUCGCCACCACUCCCUAAUUCCUAUUAGGGAAAACUGCAAACUAGCGCGCUCUUCCGUAUUCACGCAUUCGAUUCUACGAGCGAGGACGUGCGCACAAGGACGAAUCUCUCCUCGAUGGAAAAGACAGAGUGUACGAAACAAACGGAUGGCUAUCGAAUAGAGAGAAAGAGAGAGAGAGAGAGAGAACGAUCAAAGUUAUUCUAACGCGCAAUUUUGCAGGAAAGUAUCAGCACGUGCAACAAGUAGGCUAGAAGGAAGCGGAAGGAAGGUCACUGCUGGGUAUCGUAACUAAUCAACGCGCCUAAGUAACCGAUUAAACUUAUCUACCUAAAGUAAGAGGAAGAAAAAAAAUGUAACGAACGAGAGAGAAAAAGAAAGAGAGAGAGAGAGAGUGAAUGGUGGGUGUAUUUAAAAAGAGAAAGUGAAAAAACUGCUCCGAUCGAACGCUCGAUUUCGGGGAACUAGCGGAAAAGCUGAUCAAUUACUGUCCAACUGCCAACCCGUUUCGCUCUUACAUCGAGGAUCGAUUGACCCUGCAACUUCGACCUCUCUCCCCUUGCCCGCCGCUGCACGCCAACUUUCCUCCUCUCGGGUAUAAAUAAAAGGGCGAAGAAAAUAGAAGGCGAGGAGGAAGGUUGGGAGAAAGAAUCGGGUACGAUACGUUGUCGAGGCUCUGCAGCAAACCUUUCCCCUAUAACGAAAGCGACUUUAAAAGAGUCGAUGGGACGUUGAUGAUCUCGGUGAUUAGUGAAUUAAUAACGAAAUUUCACGUCUAACCCAUUUUCGUUCCGUCGAUACUUACGGACGGAUUCUCUUACUCGAGUGAAUCAUAUUUAUUUCACUCGUCAACGAGUGAACGAAUUUCUCCUCAACGAUCCAUUUCUCGAGAAAUUCGAGAAUCUCGCGAUUUUCAAAUGAGUAAAAUUCGAGAGAAACGAGAGAACGGAGUGAUAAUAGUGGAAACUUGGUCGAGGCGGAGAGGUUCGACGUGGAAUAACAGGGUCGAAGGGAGCAACGGGCUAGCGUUAAUAGUUGUUUUGUACGAUUCGUAUUCUUAAACGCGAGUAAGUGUAAGAUGCCAAGAAACGUCGAUGUGUGUACCGAUUGGCCGCGAUCCCAUCGAGUGGAUGAUAACUCGAGAUCGAUUCUCGCUUCCACGCCUCCCCUUCCAAAAUUAUUUCCAUCUUCUUUCGUACAACUCGACCCCUCCCAACAUCCCAACUUUCACAUCCGAGCAACUCUCCAAUUGUAAAUAUAAGCCAUCGUUGCAACUCACCCAACCCGCCCAAUUCCGAUAAUAUCGUUCCACGUGCCGUGGGUGUCGCAAAACCGAGUAACAAGCCGGAAAACACCGUGGAGGAACGAAGGUGAGGUCGAUUCGAGGAUCGAAUUCCCAUCCUGUAUCGAGUUAUCGCGCGGAACAAGAUGCAAAUCGUCGGCUCGCCGCGGAAUUAUUCGCAUUAGAGUGUUGUUGCGAAUAUCAUCGAUGAUGAGAGAGAGAGAGAGAGAGGUAUAUAAGUGUUGUUCGUAUAAGAAUGGAGCAUUCUUUUUCAUCCGUUCUAUAGAGACCGAUAUUCGAUCAUGAUCCUCGAGAAAAGAGGAGAGGAGAAGAGAGAAAAGGAGAAAGAUUGGUCGAAGGAGGCCGUGCGAUAAUAAGAAUUUUGACGUUAAGUAGAACGUAUCAACGAAUCCACGUAACGUUCAUUGUACCCGUUUUACGUCGUUUGCCGAGUUGUCGUUCCUUUCGCGGUGAAUGGUGAAAUUAUAUUACGUGAAACGAACGAAAGGAGAGGAGAAGAUCGAUUUCACAAUCUGUUCUCGCGUGUGUAUCAAUGUUAGAUCGGGACGAUGAUGGAAAAUUCGUGAUAGUUGGAACGAAAUGUCUUCGAUUUUAUAAGAGAUCGAAGGAUCGUUUAACGUUGAAUAAUAAUUCUGAUGAAUCGAUUUUGAAUUGUAGAUUCGCGGUAGAUGAUAUCCGAUGCGAUUAAUCUCGACGUGACCGCUCAUUAACAUUCUGUUUUAACGUGGAUCGUUGUAUAAGAUAGGAACGAGCCUGUGUAUUAUCCUUUCAACGACGCAUCACCUCGAGAUACAUUUUAAAAAUAAUAUUUUUCGCGCGAUUUUAUAUUAAUAUUUAUUUAAAAUUUUUCCACCAAUUUUAAUUAUUUAUUUAUUAUAUAAACGAGUUUGCACGAUUCGUAAUCAAGAUCAUCGCCAUCGGGAAAUUUAACGUCUAAGCGACGAAGCCAGAAUCCGGGAAAUACGCUCGAAUCAAUGCCAAUUACCGUUAAAAGCCGGUCAAAACUUGACGUAAAAUCAUCGAUCACGGGAAAUCGACUUAAUAAAUAUCGCUUGUCAAAGAGUAUUUCGAACGCAUCCAUCGUUUAACGCGUUAAAACGAUGGGAAAAAAAGCCGGGUAUCCGAAAGUGGCUCGAAUGAGCCGCAUUACCCGCCAAUUGUAGCACGAUCAAAAACAAUCCGACCCAGUUUUUACCACAAUUUCGCGCCCAUUAUCAAAAUUGCCCGGACGCCAUCCCAGAGAACUCAAUUUCACGGAACGAAUGUGUCGUUCGUGGAUGAUUGGAGGGUGGUGGUGGCGCGGGCGGGCUUGACUGGAUGACACGAAAAUGGAAUGGAGAGAUCACGGUGGUCGGUUCCGUCGCGACGAAAUGAAAUUAUACACGGAUCGAAAUAAUGAACGAUGCUCGAAUUUUCCACGUUUAUUCCGGCUCGAAAUUCGUGUGAAACGCGAUACGGGAGGAUUCACCUGUCCUGUCGUAUCGAAAAACCGAGGGCCCUAUUUCCAAAUGGAAAUUACCGAAAGUAGAAAAACCUGUAAAUGAGCGGACACGUCGAGCGAAUUAAUCGAACGAUUUCAUCGUCACAGCGAAUCCCGCGAAAGGAACGCGAGAGCGUUACAAUACACGCGCGUUGCGAUACACACGCGUGUGAAAACACACAUAUAUGGAGAUGUAGAGGGGGAAGGGGGGAAGGCGCGCGGGGGGGGGGGGGUAGAAGGUACAUUCGCCUGGUGGACGUCAUUAAGCGCGAGGAUAAGUUCGGAACAUCGACGAGAAUUAAUUCAGUUUGAAAGGAUUUGCACGUAAACUGUGUAUUUUUCUAAUGAUUUUAGGACGCGGCUGGUCACGGCUCGUUCUUUCGUUUUUUAAUCUUUUCUUUUUUUUUUCUCUCUAUUUUCGACUUUCACCCCUCUGAAAAAUCGAAUCGGGGGUGAAACGGGACACACGGUCCUCCUGCGUUUUCAUUUCUCUAUAGGUUUAAGAGAACGUUAACGUGUAUAUCUAUGAGUUACCAAAUAAAUGAGACCGGUUAGAAAA